UUCAUUCGGAUUGAAGUCUGUCAAAUCAUCUGAUAGAUUUUCGGUACAAUAUCAUAUCAACCAGCAAUGUUAACGCACUUGAUUGGGGUUUGCGCACUAUUUAGUGUUGUACUUGGAAAUGAUUUGGCCGAUCCCUUUCUUAUUGUAAACGGAACAAACGCACUCAUCGAAGAUUAUCCGUUUAUGGUGUCUUUGAGAGGUUCAUCAGGCAGACAUUCAUGCGGUGGCAGCAUUCUCAACGAGCGAUGGAUCCUUACAGCGGCUCAUUGUGUCGAUUACCACACGACGCCGUUCCUUCAAACAGUUCAAGUCGGUCGCACCGAAGUGUCAGUGCAAAAAGAUGAGUCCGUUUUCGAAAUAGAUGAUGUGAUUGUCCAUCCGUUCUACGACAUUGGAAACAGCGUGAUAAAUGAUAUUGCUUUAAUCAAACUGAAAACUCCGCUAACAUUUGGACCCACGAUAAAGCCCGUUGAGCUACCCGGCAAAUACGAAGAAGUGGAUGCUUCCAAUCUGGACGUAACACUGAUUGGAUGGGGCUUGCUUGAAACCAAUGGCAAUCUUCCUACGAUACUUCAACAGGUGGACUAUUACGUGGUCCCCAAUGAGGCAUGCAACACGAUUCAUGAGGAGCACAUCUAUCCGAGCCAGAUUUGCGCAGCCUAUCCAGGUGGUGGCAAGGGCCAGUGUAGUGGUGACUCUGGCGGUCCUUUGCUGAGCGCAGGAAAACAGGUCGGAAUCGUUUCGUGGAGCAUCAAACCGUGUACCGUAGCCCCUUAUCCUGGGGUUCUGACCAAAGUUUCACACUUCCUCGAUUUCAUCAAUGAAUACGUGUAGGAACAUUGCUAGUCAAUUGCUGUCGAACUCGGCUGCACAUAAAAUGUCGAUGUACUAAAAUCAAACACCAAUCAUUUUCGAGAGCACUGAACAAACUUCUUCCGACAUGAAACUUCUAGGCCAAUUUCCAACCGAAUACUGCCCAACAAUCAACUUUUGCAAUAAAUUACAACGGAAGCCGUAUGUUUUCACAAAAGUAUACACACCACAUGCAUAUAUCAACCAUGCCUUUUCGUACGUUUCAAGAGCUUUUGAUAUUCGAGGGAAAAAUCGAGCCAGCACACAGUCGAAAAAGUGAACAGAAAUCAAACGAAAUCGAAGUAAUAAAUUGGCUACGACACUAAA